GACAAGGUGAAUGAACGCCACUGCUAUUCAGCUCCGGAGUGUGUUUUUACUCAAAGAAAAUGAGGUUUCGGCUGCUCAAGAGGAAUCUGCUCGCGCUGCUCGGCGUUUCCUUCGUAGUUGUUACUCUCUUGUUUUCAACACGCGUGUUAUUAGUUUCUGAUGACACAAGCGGACCUGGUAACACCGCAAAAGAGAACCCGGGCGUGAGCUCUAGUGACCCGGUAAAGUUUAACUUCGGGUCUCUGUCGGAGCUAACUCAGUCCGUGUACAGUGCCAACUUAAAGCAGUCUGUUCACAAUGCAGACAGAUUUUCAGGGGACCCUCGGCUGGUGCUGGUUGUGCAAGUCCACAACAGACCGGAAUACCUCAGGCUGCUUAUCAAAUCUUUGGCCAAAGCUGCUGAGGUCCACAGCUUCCUCCUCAUCUUUAGCCAUGACUAUUUUUCAGAGGAAAUCAACACAAUUGUUCAAGGGAUAACUUUCUGCAAGGUACUGCAGAUUUAUUUCCCCUUCAGCACUCAGCUGUAUCCAAGAGAGUUUCCUGGGCAGGAUCCACGAGACUGCCCCCGAGACAUAUCCAAGGACAGGGCUCUGGAAACAGGAUGCCUCAAUGCAGAACACCCCGACUCCUACGGGCAUUACAGAGAAGCCUUCAUCACUCAAACCAAACACCACUGGUGGUGGAAGCUGCACUUCGUGUGGGAGCGAGUGCAGGCGAUGCAGGGCUACAGUGGCUUUGCAGUAUUUCUAGAGGAAGACAACUACAUCUUACCAGACUUUUUCCAUUUUUAUAAAUCAAUGAUCGAGUUCAGAAAAAACAACUGCCCAGACUGUGACAUGCUGGCUUUGGGUAACCAUAACGGCCUGGAUGGUUUCACCGCCCUAUCCAACAAGGUGUUGACCACAGGCUGGAUGUCCACGAAACACAACAUAGGCAUGGCCAUCUCCAGGGAGGUGUACUACAAGCUGAUGGGGUGCAGCAAUGAAUUCUGCACGUACGACGACUACAACUGGGACUGGACUUUGCAGCACAUCUCUGGAACCUGCAUAUCGAAGCCCCUCAAAGUGGCGGCAGCACUGGGCUCAAGGGUUCUUCAUACAGGAGACUGUGGACUUCACCAGAAGGAGAACUGCAGACCAGAGUGGGCCGCGCAGAAGGUUGACGAAGGACUUCAGAAAGCUAAGGCCGGCCUCUUUCCUCCAUCUCUUGUCCUCGAUGGUGCAGAACCGGUGGCGCACAAAGCGCACAUGAAGAACGGAGGAUGGGGAGACAUUCGCGAUCACAUUCUAUGCAAUAACUACGCCAAACGACUCUGAACUGCAGCUUUUUAACAUUCUACAGGUGUGCCAUCUGAAAAUAACUUUUUCAGGCUUUUUAGGGGCUGCAUUGGGUUGUCUUCACUUUCAGUGUUUUGUUUUUGUUUGUUUUCUUUUUAAAUGAUAAAAAAAAAAUUGGACCAAAUCAGAUCUAAACAUACUGCAUUGUUCAGCACAGUAAAGACAAUCAAUUUUUUUUUCUUAAAUUACCAAAGAUGUAUGGGUGCCAACACCUUUUGUUGAAAUUUGUUCUGUAUACUGCCUGCAAGUUCAGUUCAACUGAAUAUCCGCAGCUCUCUGGGUAUCCUACAAGCCACAAAAUUAGACUAGAUAUAUUGCACUUUGUUGUAAACUGAGAGUAAACAAUAUCCCGAGUGUGCACAUACGCACUGUCAUUUGUGAAUUUAUUUGCAAAUUGCGUAACUUGGAGCACUGCAGUCAUUUAUUUACAUUUACAUUUCAGCUUGUUGCAACAUGAUUUUUACACUGUUAUUAUCAAACGUUUGAAAUUCAAUGUUUUUACUCAUGUGCUUCUUUGGUACGUUUUAAAGUGACAACAAAAAAAGACAAUUCAGACUUGCAGCUUUAAUCAAGUGUGGAAGGCAGUACAUUAGGAACGUUGCAGCUCAUUUGGCAGACAUUUGUAAGCUAGCUGUUGGAAUGAAUGACUUUGUAAAUGGAAUUUUCUUUGUAACAUUCAGUGUCUGUCUGAUGUAAACGGAUCUCUCUUUUGGGGCGAUAAUGCCAAUUUAAUCAGUUUCCUACUCCCUGACUUAUUGAUUCCCAGUUGCAAAAGCAGGAGGUGGCUUAUUUGCUUUCUGAUAUGCAAAAGUGAACCAUGUGGAAGCAGGAUCAGGGUCCUGUAAUGCUGCAUUUUUAUAUUUGCACCUUUUUAUUGUUGACAAAAUGGACUAAAUGAUAAUGUAAUUAUCUGUGUCAUGGUUCUAUAGAAAAAAAUCUUUUUCAAGUGUAAAAGUUCGGUGAAUAAAACUAGGUAUAAUGAUACAUUUAGUGCCUUUAAGAUGACCUAAUAUGCCUUUUCUGCCUGGCCUUGUUUUAGAAUAGAUUUUGAACCUGUUUUGUUAACAUUGUUUUUGACCAGAAAUUCCAGUAAUGCAGAAUAACAUUUGUUGUGAUAGUUUAUGGUCUUUCUCCAUUCUAUAUUUAGGGAAAGUGAAAUGUGAAUGUUGCUUUUUACCAAAAUCUUCAGUCUGUAGUUUAAGAAUAUUUUUACACUGGCAUUGUGCGUACUAUAGGUGUAAGUCACCCCACAUACGUGGUGUGAUCUGAUAUUGGUGCACAACUGUGUGCUCUCUAACAACUGAAAUGAAUGUGAUAAUGAAAUGAUUCCUACAAAGUACACCCAAGUACUUUAUACACAGGACUUUAUCUAGUGUGUGUGUGUGUGUGUGUGUGUGUGUGUGUGUGUGUGUGUGUGUACCUGUUGUUUUUGCUGAUUCCUGACUUGCUGAGAAUGGGCAAACUAUUUUUUUUUUUUUUUUUUUUUUUUUUUUUUUUUGGUCAUUGUUUUUAUUUUGUUGAUAUUGAUGAUCUAGUUCAUUGCUCACUUUUGAAAGAUGACAGAAAAAUAAAAUGAAUUUUAUCCCUUCUGA